AUGGACGACCACCCCGCCCUGCCCCAGCACAUCCUCCUCCUGCACCUCAGCCAGCACCACCUGCGCCAGGCGGACGAGCUCGGCCCCCAGCUGACCGCCCGGCCGGCCCACGCGACGCAGGCCAUCGGCAGGCUGCACUACCAGCCGAGCGGGCCCGCCACCGCGGCGGACGAGGACGAGCAGCAGCUGCGGGGCGCCGGGCAGGCCUACCGGCGCCACAUCGCGCUCGCCGUGGGCUGUCUCCAGGCGACGGCCAGCCUGCCCCCCGACGCCGUCCCCGCCGAGCUCCGCCUCGCCGCCCACUGCCAGCUCGCCCGCCUCCUCCGCACCGAGACCGUCGAGACCGCCCGGGCCGCCGCCGCCCUCCAGCACGCCCAGGCCCUCGCCCGCCAGGCCUUCCCCGCCCGGCUCCCCCUCGCCCUCACCCUCGCCGAGGCCCUCGCCCACACCCAGGCCGCCGACCCCCGCAUCUCCUUCCGCCAGAUCAAGAAACAGCUCGAGCGGGCCAUCCAGCUCACCCUCAGGGGCCAGACCGUCGCCGCCGAGCUCGUGCCCGCCUACUACCGGCUGCAGCUCCAGCUCUGCACGCUCGCCUACGAGCGCGCCCAGGACUUCCCGACGGCGCUCGCGGCGCUGCGCAGCGUGGUCGUGCUGGCCGAGGCGCGAGGCGACGACGAGCUGUGGGCGGCCUGCAAGACGCACGAGCUGAAGAUGGCCAUCGACCGGCGACAGUGGGCGCUCGUCGGCCAGCUCUUCGCCGGCCUCCUCCCGCGCAUCGCGCUCCCCUCGCCCGGCGAGCCGUCGCCCCCCUCGACCGGCCCGCCGCCCCCGCCCCGGAUCGCGCUCGGCCAGCAGCUCACCAACUACGUGCUCCUCCUGCUCGUCGUCUACUACGCCGCCGUCGGCCUCGCCGAGCCCGCCAAGGCCUGGCUCAAGCUUCUGCGCACCGCCAUGGACGCCCCCUCGCGCGAGGAGGGCGAGGUGGAGGGGACCUACAAGCCACCCAUGUCCUCCCCGGUCACCCCGCGCAAGCGCACACACGACGACGCCGCCGCCGACCACGCCGCACCCCCGCUGUUCCUGGGCACCCCGCCGGCCCAAUACGUCGCCGUCAAGAUCAUGCCCCGCGAGCUCAUGUACACGCUGACCUACCUCGUCAGCCUGGCCGUGCACUUCGACGGGCACGGGAAGUCGCCCAAGUCGUUGGUGUAUGCCCAGGAGGGUUUGAAGCAGGUCGACCGCCAGCUGAUGCGCGGCUUCCCGAGCCUCGCCGGCGGCCGCUCAUCGGGGGGAUACCUGGCCUCGAUGGCCGACCAUCUGCGGCUGCUGAUGCGGAUCAAGACCGAGCUCACGGUGCUGUCGGUCCAGCUGGCGAUCGUGCGGACGGACUACCUGGAGGCGGACCGGCUGUUGGUCGAGGUGAUCAAGACGACGUGCGAGCAGGGCCGGUGGGCGGCGGAGAGCGGGCGGGUGGCGUUCCUGAAGAGCAUGCUUUCGCACGCGACGGGCAACCUGGGCAUGGCGCGGCAGUCGCUGCUGACGAGCAUGCAUCUGGCGCCGGCGGGGGGCGAGCUGGGCGUGCUGGCCAAGGCGUGCUACGUGCUCCUGCGGCUGGCCGAGCCGGCCGAGCAGCGCUCGGAGGCCGUCGACCGCCUGAUUGGGGAGCUGGCGCCGCUGGCCAAGACGGGGCUGCCGGCGGUGGCGAUGGCCGUGCACGUCGUGCUGGCGCUGAGCUGCGGCGAGAUCGUGAAGGCCAAACACCACCUGACGAGCGCGCUCAACGAGGCCAACAAGACGGCCAACACGCAUCUGAAGAUGGGCCUGCUGGGCCUGCUCUCGACGAUGUUCCUGAACACGCGCAGCGACCAGGCGACGAAGAUGCUCACGUCGUGCUACAAGCUCAGCCAGGGCUUCGCCGGCGGGCCUCCGCUCCAGCCGGUGGCCGGGAACGUCGCGGCGGGGUCCAGCCUGGGGCUGUGCGUUGCGCGCAAACUCGUUGAGAUCUACGAGGCCCAGGCGGCGGCCGAUGCUGCUGCGGAGGGGGAUGGGCCGUCGGAGGAGCUCGGGCUGCGGACUGCGCGGCUUGCUGCUGCCACCACGCUCCAGCAGCGGCUGCUGGAGCAGACACCUUUGCUUUGA